AGCCCCAUAUAUUCUUUCUCACCUUGGAGCAUAAUUAUUAAGCACAUGAUGAGUCAUCCUUCUCGGCAAGAGACGGAGCUGAUGAACAUAGAGACUGCUCAUCACCAUGAAGAAGAUAAACUGAGAGUUCUCUAUGAAGCAUCGUACAAAGGGUGUGUUCCAACCUUGAAUUCCCUGCUACAGGAAGAUCCAGGAAUGUUGCAGAAAAUUAGCUCGCAGACUAUCUUCAUGGAAACUCCUUUGCACAUAUCAGCUUCCCACGGCCACCUUGAAUUCAUAAAAACCCUCCUUUCUCACAAACCAGCGCUAGCCCUCGAGCGGAACUCUUCAGGAGCCACGCCUCUCCAUUUAGCUUCUGCAGAAGGCCACAACGACAUUGUGAAGCAGUUGUUAAAAGCUUGUGAGAAAGCAUGCUUGGUUUGUGAUCAAGAAGGCAGAUUUCCCUUGCACUAUGCAGUUAUAAGAGGGAGAAGAGACGUUGCGUUGAAGCUCCUCAAAGAAAAGCCAGAGUCUUUGAAAAUCCUUGACAGGGGUAAAACUAUUUUGCACUUGUGUGUGACGUACAACCAGUUGGACAUCCUGAAAGAUUUGGUGAAAGAAAUUGGUGACACCCACACGCUCCUCAAUGAGAGAGACUUGGAUGGCAACAACAUUCUCCAUUUGGCUAUCUUGUCGAAGCAAGUUGAGACUGUUAGGUACCUCCUUUCAAUUCACAAAAUAAAAUCAGCGGCGCGGAACUUGAAGAAUGACAUCGGUCAGACUGCCCCAGACAUUGUUGAGCGAAUUCCCAAAGACUCCAAGAGCCUUGAGAUACAGGUCAUAUUGAUGAAGCAUGGCAUCGAAUGUGAAGGAAGAGAAAGGAAUGGUGUUGGUAGCGACGAAGACAAAUGUGGGAAGAUGUGGUUGUUGAAUGUUUUCGAGAGUAUAGACAAAUGGCUCAAGUAUAAUGGUGAUUGGCUAGAAGACAUGAGGGGGAAUCUAAGUCUCGUGGCUACUGUCAUCUCCACCAUAACCUUUCAAGCUGCACUGAACCCUCCAGGAAGCGUCAUUCAACAAGAUAUAAGACCUAGCAAUCCAGAUCUUAACCUCAGUUCCAGUUCCAACACUGCUCUUGAUGAAGGACCCCUUGGCUGCUUGCCGUACAAAGGUACUAGCGGGUCGAUAUGUCCCGGGAAAGCUAUGAAUGUUAUCAUCAUCGAGCUAAGUUUGGCGACUUCAUAAUUUACAACACCAUCUCUUUUGUGGCAUCACUUUGCGUUGCUCUUUUGCUUGUUAGCGGAGUUCCUCUCAAACAUAGAUUUGUGAUGUGGAUGCUAUCUAUAGGCAUGGGUGUAGCACUCACAUGCUUACUAAAUGCCUAUUUUGUUGGCCUCAACCUUAUCAACCCAAAUAAUCUGGAUACUUUCAAUGCGGUGCUUAUAGCCACUUCGAUUUUUAAUGGAUUGUAUGCACUAGUUGGUAUAUAUAUCGCAGCGAUAUUUGUGAAAUGGGUAGCGGGGAAAUUGAAGGGGAAGAAAAUUUGUUAGGACAAAGUAUUAGAGAAUAAUUAUUGUUAUCUGAUUAGUUAGUUUAUCAUUAUUACUUCAACACUCGCUUGGCCUCUGCAACUACUUCGCACGUGUGCUUAAAGUCACACAUCUUGUAUAAAUACAGUGUAUUUAAAGUAAUAUCGUUCAGUUUCUAUUUU